AACGCGCGCCGCUGUGUUUUUAAAACGCCGGAUCCUUCUGUCAGGGCUGCUUGACAACAUCAUGCACGUUUAUGGGAUAUGAUCUUAUAUGAUAUUAUAAAUACAAGGAAACUAUGCCCAAAUCGCUGAAAAAGUCGUUUAUCUCUCAGACGUCCAUUAGCAGGUACUUCGGGGAACUGAGUAGCAGUAGCGCGCCAAAAACACAAGCUACUUCUAAUUCUCCAAGAGGCAAGAAGCGUGUCUCCCACCACCUCUAUCAAUCAGACUCACCUUCCAAACAAGCCAGGCUUUCCCUGCAGGUUCAAGAGGAUGGAGGCCUUGACACACUUUCGACUUGCAGCUCUACUGAGUCAAAGAGUCAAGGACUGGGUGUUCUGUGCCCAUCCACAUUGGAGAAGCUGAAAGGCUUCACUUGCACGGCUGCUCUUGGUGGCAGCUGUGAUGGUGAAGUAAAGGAGGCAAGCAGUGGAAGCCAUGACGGUUGUCCUACUGAUGACAAAGGUCAACGUGGUGAUGAGGGACAGCUCACAGAGAAGGAGGAAAAGGCCAAAGACCAGCAGACCUUCUCCUUCUCCCAGUUUGCCAACCGAUUUACCAAAAGAGGGGGUGCUGGAGGAAGGGCUACACAGCUCAGUCCUCCAUCAGACUGCAGCGCCACCUCCAGACGCACAAAGAGUGUGUACACACCUCUGGAGCAGCAGGUGAUCCAGCUGAAACAGCAGCACAAGGACGCCUUGUUGGCUGUGGAAUGUGGAUACAAGUACAGGUUUUUUGGAGACGAUGCUGAGAUUGCAGCAAAGGAGUUGAACAUCAGCUGUCAUCUGGACCGGAACUUCAUGACGUGCAGCAUCCCCACACACCGUUUGUUUGUUCAUGUCAGACGAUUGGUGUCCCAUGGCCACAAGGUGGGUGUUGUCAAGCAGACUGAGACGUCCGCCAUCAAAGCGUCAGGGGCCAAUAAGAACACGCUGUUCACGCGACAGCUCAGUGCUCUGUACACCAAGUCCACCCUGGUUGGAGAGGACGUAAACCCAGUCUGCAGACUGGAUGAUCAAGAGGAGGGCGGCUGUCAUGAUGCAAUGUUGGAACCUCUUGACAGCUUCCUGUUGUGUAUCAGUGAGAACUGGGACAAAUUGAAGAAGCAGCUCACUGUGGGGCUAGUGGCAGUUCAGCCCAGCACGGGAGAUGUCCUGCUGGACUCUUUCAUUGAUGGUCAGUCUCGCUCGGAACUGGAGAGUCGUGUCUUGAAGAUCAACCCUGUGGAAAUCCUGGUGCCCUCUGAUCUCUCAGAGCCAACUCACAGACUCUUGCAGAGCAUCACUAAUGCCAGUGCUCAGGCUGACGACAAAGUGCGAGUUGAGAAGAGGGACAACGCCUGCUUUGAGUUUGCCUCUGCAAUGAACACAGUCACUGAGUUCUAUUGCCACAACCAGGUUGAAGGCUGUCACUCUCUAUCCAGUGUGGCCUCUUUGGAGAGCCCAGUUAUAUGCUGUUUGGGACCGCUCAUCCAGUACCUCCAGGAGUUCAAUUUGGAGAGAGUGCUUCGGAGUGAAAGCUCCUUCCAGCGUUUGACUUGUGAGUCGGAGGGCAUGAUCCUCAGCGCAGCCACACUGAAGAACUUGGAAAUUCUCAACAAUCAGACAGAUGGAAGUGUGAGGGGCAGUCUACUGUGGGUGUUGGACCAUACUCGUUCUCCGUUUGGCAGGAGGCUGAUGAGGAAGUGGGUGACCCGACCGCUUAUAAAUGCACGGUCUAUCUUGGAGAGGCAGGAUGCAGUGCAGGAGAUCCUCGAAUCUGACUCUGUCAUGUUAAAUUCCAUGAAAUCCCUGUUGGCGCAUUUGCCCGAUCUGGAGAGAGGACUUUGCAGCAUAUACAACAAAAAGUCCUCCACACAGGAGUUUUACCUCAUCAUUAGCAGCCUUUGUCGCCUGGCUCUGGAGCUGCAGGCCCUGCUGCCAGCUAUCAGAGCACAGAUCUGCUCUGGGCUGAUUCAAGGACUCCUGUUGGAUGUCCCGGACCUGCUGGAGCCAGCACAUGGCUUCUUGAAAGUGCUUAAUGAAAAAGCAGCCAAGUGUGGGGAUAAAACCGAGCUGUUCUCAGAUCUGUCCGGCUUCCCAGUGCUGCAGGAGAGAAGAGAUCAGAUCCGGAGAGUUCUAGAGGAGAUUCAGGACCAUCGCAAAGACAUCAGACUGAUACUGAAGUCCCCCGCCAUGGACUACACCACUGUGUCGGGACUGGAGUUUCUGAUUGAGGUGAAGAACGCUCAGUCCUCCAUUGUUCCUCCUGACUGGGUCAAAGUCAGUAGCACCAAAGCAGUCAGCCGGUAUCACUCUCCAUUUUUGGUGGAGCGCCAUAAGAAGAUGCUGCAGCUCCGAGAACAGCUGCUACUGGACUGCCAGAGGGAGUGGACCAAUUUUAUGGAUCAGUUUGGGGAGCACUAUCACACUAUGAAAAGGGCUAUUAGUCACCUAGCAACCAUGGACUGUCUUUUCUCAUUGGCUGAGGUGGCCAGACAGGGGGACUAUUGCAGGCCAGAGGUGUGCGACAGUGAGCGUCUGAUUGUCAUCAGGGAUGGCAGACACCCUGCUAUAGACUUACUAAUGGGAGAGCACAGUCAGUUUGUGCCAAAUCAUACACAACUGCAGGGUGAUGGGAAGAGAACAAUGAUCAUCACAGGCCCUAACAUGGGAGGGAAGAGUUCCUAUAUUCGCCAGGUGGCGCUCAUCUGUGUUAUGACCCAAAUGGGCUCCUACGUGCCGAGCUCUGAGGCCCGACUGGGCAUUUUGGACGGCAUUUAUACCAGAAUGGGAGCAUCGGACAACAUCUACAAAGGACGCAGCACCUUCAUGGAGGAGCUGACCGAAGCGUCAGAGAUCAUUUCCCAUGCAAGUGAGAGUUCCCUGGUCAUCUUGGACGAGCUGGGCCGGGGCACCAGCACCCACGACGGCAUCGCCAUCGCCUAUGCCACCCUUGAGUACUUCAUCAGAGACGUGAGGUCUUUCACCCUGUUUGUGACCCAUUACCCUCCCCUGUGUGAGCUGGAGAGAUUGUAUCCACAACACGUGGCCAACUAUCACAUGUCAUUCCUACUUAAUGAACCUGAUGGGGCCACUGACCGAGACGAAGGAGAGGUCCGGCCAGAGUUCAUCACCUUCCUCUACCAGUUAAGCGAAGGAGCUGCAGGGCGGAGCUACGGCCUCAAUGUUGCCCGCUUGGCUGACAUCCCAAAAUCAAUACUACACACCGCAGCCCUCAAAGCCCGAGAGAUGGAGGACACGGUCAACUGGCGAAGGAAGAACAAGAAGUUACUGUCAGAGCUUUGGAGCAUCACAGAUAAAUCCUCUCUCACAGAGUGGCUACAGUCAAACUCCUGACACCAUUGCAACUAAAUGCACAAUCAGGACAUAGAUUUGCACAUAUAUCAGAAGCAAAAGUGUGUUUUAAGCAUCUCAGGCCUUUACUGUAGCAUUAAUGUGACACUGUCGUCAAGUAAAAAGAAUAUUGUAAACAUGCAUGAAGGAUAGUGUCGUUCUGCUGAAAUCCCUCAAAUACCACAUGACUACUGGAGCUUUAAGCCAGGAAUGUCCAAACUUAUUCUACCGAUGGCCGCAUACCGCCAAAUCAAAGCGCGUUUUGACGUUUGAAAAUGUUCUAAAAGGGCUAAUCCAACGUAGAUAUGGUAAGACAUUAAAUUUAAAAACAAGUUGCACCUCGGCUUUGUGUCAUCCGCUAGGUGAUGAAACUUAUUAGUUAGGGCUUUAAAAUGAUUGAAAAUUUUAAUCUAAUUAAUCAAUCUUCAAAUUAAUCAAGAUUAAUCACCAUGUGUCACUACAUGUAUGUGCGAAAUUCGCCCAUUUUUGCUGUAUUUUUAACAGAAAGAUGAAUGACAGGACACAAUUAUAUGUACAGUAUUUGUAUGUAUUAACAGCUCCAAAUGAACUGAAAAUUUAAAUCAAGCUAAAAGAUGCCACACAUGUCUGAAAAUGUAUUUUUCCAAAGGCUAGUCUAUUUAAUAGUAGCAGAACAUUGGAAUCACACUUUUAACCUGUUAUUAUGAACAAUGAUGGGUUGCGUUCAAAGACACCACAUAACUGAAGUUGAAUUCACUGUUUUGAGUGUAGAUGUAUUUUCUGAAAAGCAGCAAAUUGUACAUCCGCAGUUAGGAGUUAUGUUAGUGGAUAACAUAAGAUAAGAAUAUCCACUUAUGGUUUUUCUUUGUCUUUCUGUUUAUUUAGACCACACAUGCACACACAAUGAAGGUGUUGUGAGUGUCAGUGAAUGGGCCUCGCCGACUAGAGACGUGUUUGUGAGUUGGAGAUGUGUUCAGUUCAGAAUAAAUGUAUUAAAGACCGGCGGACUCUCUGUGACUGUGGGGAUGCUAUUGUUGUGGCGCCGUCUGCCAUCAUAACAGAGCGAUGUGGCUUGACAUGAUGCGCAUGUGUUCCUAACACUAAAACUUUUAAUGGAAUUAAUUUAAAUAAAUUAAUUACCACCGUUAACUGGCUAUUUGUGACAGCCCAAGUAUUAUUUUGUGUUAUUAGCAUCAACAUAUCAACUUUUGCAGCCUUUUUUGCUUUUUCUUUUUUUUUUUAAAUAUAAAAAUGUUGUUGUUUUUUUUGUAGUUGCAGAA